AGGACAUUAAGCUUACAGACACUGUUUUAUUUGGAGGACAGAGACACUGCUUUGGACGGGGUAAGUGGGUUAUUACACCAACAGCAGACGCUCAGGCAUGGCACCAGACGUGGAGAAGAUCAUCCAGAGCAUCAGCCUCGGAGACCAGGACGCCGUCCAGCUCUUACUGGACAGCUACAAUACCCAGUACGCAGAGUGCUUCUUUUUCAAUACUGAGGCACAAGAGAGAAAAAAGCAACAACAACUGGAAGAGUUCAGAAAGAACAAAAUAAGGGACUGUGCUUCAAACUCUGAUUCGGACAUUGACUCAGAUGACGAGAGGCCGAAUCUUCUUCUCAGAGAGGAUCUGGCUGCAGCCCUGCUGUGCUUUGUUGGUGGUCAGUUGCAGCCUGCAGUGCUAAGAGCUUGUCUGCAUACUCUGCGAAUCCUCUCUCGUGACCGUAGAGCUCUGGGACCAAUGGUCACUGAUAGCUCCCUUCUUACCUUGACACACCUGGGAGGUAUCAAUCUUCUGCAGCCCAGACAACAGCAGGACAAGACACAAAUUCAAGAUCAGUGUGACAGAACACAAACACAGAUCCAUGGAAAAGAAGCAAGUGGGUCUCAUGAAGCAGCAGAUUCCGAUCAGAGGUGUGCAGUUUCUUUUUCAGAGUGUCACUCCUUUAACCGGCGAGGGAACGUAGGGCACCUUGUGCUUGCUGCUGGGAAAAAAGACGCCCGGGAAGACGACAGUGAAGAAGACGGGAAAGUGGAUGAUGGGGAGGUGUGCAGGAAGGAGGCCAUGAAAGUCUUGUGUAAUAUUAUCUACAACAGUCCCCUGGCCCGGGAGAGAGCCAGCGCACUGAGGCUUCUACAGGGAUUAUGGGAGAGUCUGAAGCAGGGAAUCUGGAGUGGGGCACCACCCACUGGCCAGUUUUACAAACUGAGGCUUCUCUUCUUACUAACAGCCCUGAGGCCUGAGCUCAGGCUGCAGCUGCAGCAGGAGCGUGGGGUGUUUGUUCUGACCUCAGCUUUGGAGCAGUGCCUGGUCUUGAGAUGGGCCGAUGGAAAUCAGCUGAUCACUGACAGCACUUCUGUCUCCAAGGAGGUGUCCCAGGAUGUUAUUGAGAUUCUCAAGACCAUCUUCAACGUUGCUCACAGGAUCUACAGGCAGGAGCCUGACGAGGAAGAAGCUACUUUAUAUCGCCGCCUGGCAGCUGUCCUACGCCACUGUCUGUUGCUGUCAUGUGAUGGAGCAGACACAAUGGAGGAACUACAAGGACAUACAGUAAACAUCCUGUCAGCCCUGCCCCUGACCUGCCUGGACGUCAUGCUGGCUGUCCCUGUAGGACAGGCGUCUCAUCAGUAUGAAGGUGUCAACAUGGACUGUGUGCAUGCAUUGCUGCUCUUCAUGGACAGACGACUGAACAGGGGUCAGAAGCUGAAAGAGAAGCUGACUCCUGUUCUAAGUUUAUUGACAGAGAGUUCUCGGGUUCACAGGGAGACACGUCACUAUUUAAGGCAAAAGAUCUUACCUCCUCUGAAGGACGUUGCUGUUCGGCCUGAGCAGGACAGUACACUCAGAGGCCAGCUAGUUCGACUGAUGACACAUGUUGACACUGAUGUUAAGGACUGUGCAGCAGAGCUGCUUUUCGUGCUUUGCAAAGAAAAUGUAAGCCGCUUUGUUAAAUACACUGGUUACGGGAAUGCUGCAGGGCUGCUGGCAGCUCGGGGUCUGUUGAACGGCAGGAGGAACUCUGGGGACGGCCAGUUUGCCUCCUGCUACUCCAGCGACUCCGACUCAGACACAGAGGAGUACCGCCAAGUCAGAUCAAAGAUUAACCUGGUGACAGGCAGGGUGGAGGCAGAGCAGCCCGACCCUAUGGAAGGCAUGACAGAAGAAGAGAAGGAGGAAGAGGCAUGUCGUCUCAUCUGCAUGAUCAACAGACUAUCACAAGACCAAAUCAUUCAGCCAAUGGGUGUGACAAGAGAUGGGAGACUGGCUCCUCUUUGGGGCCAUAUGAGGAGCUGCACAGAAGAAAAAGAAGAGGAGGAAGAUGAGUAUGAAGAGGAAGAACAGGGCUUGAGUUCAAUGCCACAGGGAUUGAAAGACAAAACAAUGAAAUAGCAAAAUAUUUUCAUGCUACACUCAGUAAUGAACAAAUAAGUAUGAGAGAACUAUUAUUUCUUAUUGGGGCGCUCUAAUUCUACACUUUCUUCUCUUUAAUAUUUAUUUUUGUUCCGUCACCGUACACAUAUACAUACACCCCACAAAAUAUACAUCAAAAUGUGCAGCCCACUCUUGAGAAGGGAGUUAUUACUUCUGUUGCCAUUUUGAUUUCCAUGGUAAACAUGGUGGCAAACGAUGGCUUUGAAUUACAAUAGAAAAGAAUGUACCCUACAAAAUAAAAGCCUUCAAAUUUUACUCAGCAGGUAAUUGCAACUUUGGGUUUUACGUAUAUGACUGCUAUAGCCCAACCACUGUUACACAUGAGAUUGGUGUGGACUUUUAAAAUGAAGCUUACUAAAAAAUGUCAAAAUAAAAGCCUGUUUGUUCUUUACCUACUCUACAUUUUAAGUUGAGGGAACUGUUCAAUGAGAUAUUGGCAUAGGACCAAGACUCCAUGAUUGUCAGUGCACACAUUCUAAUGGUAGGGUCAGCAUGCUAGUACUUUAUCAUGCUAGUGAUAGCUGCCACAUUUAAGCUACCAUUUUAGCUGGGUCUUUUGUAAAAGCUAAGCUUUACAUACUAAAUGGAGUACCUUGAUGUUACUCAACAUGCUGGUGAUAAUACAUACAUCCAUCUAGUGUCUACAUGCUGGUUGCUCAACAUACUAAUGAUAGCCCUCAUGCUAACAUUAGCCCUAUAGCUAAAGUAAGCAUUUUAGAUGAUUUUGAAAAUGUAUUACAUAUGUUUAUCAUAAUGAAUGUAGUAAGUCAAUGUAAGUCUAUACCCACGUGAUGCCCCAGAUGCUAUUGACAGCAGUUAAGAUAACCUUAUAAUUUAAGCUAAUUUUAUCUCAUAAACUAAUGUUUGCAAACUGACUGGAGUAAUUUUAUAUUAGUUAACAUGCUAGUAAUAACCCUCAUCCUACUGGUAGUAUCAACAUGUUAGUCAGUCAUUAUGCUUGUGAUAGACACCAUGCUAACAUUAGCCUGAUAGUUAAAAUAAGCAUUUUACCUAUUUUUUUUUAACUUAUUAGUUUUGUUUAGCAUACUGAAUGUAGUAAGUCCAUGUAUGUCAGCAUAUUGGUAAUAUCACACAUUCCAAUGACAGCGUCUAUGGCAAUCUUUGCAUUAUAAAAAUUUUAGCUUAUGCACUAAUGUUUUGCAUACUGAAUAGAGUAAUUAUGUUAGUCAAUAUGUUAGUGAUAACCCUCAUAGUAGUAUCAAAAUGCUAGUCACUUGAUAUGCUUGUAACUCUCAUGCUAACAUUAUCCUUGUAUCUAAAAUAAACAUUUUAGAUAAUAUUUGAUUUAUUAGCUGUUUUUCAUAGUCAAUGGAUUAAGUCAAUUUAAAUUAACAUCCUGCUGAUACCACAUGUGCUACUGACAGCAUUUAAGCUAAUUAUAGUAUAUACACUAAUGUUGUCAUACAGAAUAGAAUAAGUCCAUGUUAGUCAACAUAAUAAUAAUAUGCCACAAACUACUGAUUACAUUUUAGUUCACCUUAGCAUUGUUUCUCAUUUUCAGCAUCAGAACACUGGGUUUAAACCGACACACACCCUUUGGCAGACCCCUUUUAAAUUUCUUCAGAAAUGUUCCAGUUUCAGGAUAUUAUACUACAGCAUGCUGUUGCUUCAUCCUAUUUCAAGAUUUUUUUAAAUUCAUAGACUUAAAUCUGAGUGAUUAUUCUGCUGCUGCAUCUACAGCAAAUCAGAUAAAGUGUCAAUGAUGUCAGAAGGAAAGAAUAGAAUAGAAUUCAACUUUUUUGUCAUUGCACUGUCACAAGU